AUGUAUGCCCUCCGCCCCUCCUUUGUGUCCCAGAACUUCCCCUGGGCUCCGGCAUUCACGGAAAAAAACCUUCCGGAUCUCUCUGGUCGCGUCUACAUCGUCACGGGGGCAAACACCGGAGUCGGCCGCGAGCUCACUCGCAUACUCUAUGGAGCUAACGCUAUUGUCUAUCUGGCCUGCCGUUCCGAGACUAAGGGCCGCCAGGCCAUAGAAGAGCUCCAACUGGCAGCCACUCCCACUCACGGCCGUCUCGAGUUCCUGCUGCUCGACUUGGCCGACCUGCGAAGCAUCAAGCCUGCGGUCGAUGUCUUUCUCGCGCGCGAGUCACGCCUCGACGUGCUGUUCAACAACGCCGGCGUCCUAGUGCCGCCCGAGGACGAGCCCAGGACGGCGCAGGGCUACGACCUCGAGAUCGGGGUCAAUUGCUUGGCGCCUUUUUUGUUCACCCGCCUGCUGACACCCAUGCUGGCAGCAACGGCCAGGUCUGGCGAAACGACGCCUCCCGGCAGCGUCCGCGUUGUCUGGGUUUCGUCCAUCGCCGCCGAAAUGUCGGACACUGGCGGCAUCGACGUUGUCAACCUGCCUGCUACCACCCCUUCUUCACCCAUCUUUCUUGCAAAGUACGCUGCCAGCAAGGCAGGAAACUAUCUGCAUAGCACCGAGUUUGCUCGCCGGCACCGUGUCGACGGCAUCGUUAGUAUCGCCGCCAACCCCGGCAACCUCGAUUCCGACCUCUACCGCAACUCUGACAACAAGGCUGGCCUUUUGCAUACGCUCGUCAUGAAGGCCUUUGUCCGCUUCAUGCUGUACCCUUCCGUCUACGGCGCCUACACGGAGCUGUUUGCCGGUCUGUCGCCAGACGUCACGCUGGACAAGUCUGGUGGAUGGAUCGGCCCGUGGGGCCGCUUCCUCAGCAUGCGCAGUGACAUUCUCCAUAAUGCCCAGCCCAAGUCCGAGGGAGGUGGCGGUGGCGGCGAGGCAUUCUGGGACUGGAGCGAGGAGCAGGUGAAGCUGUUCAUGUGA